AUGGCUACAUCCAACUGCACUGCUAUAUCUUGGGUACGUGCCCCGGCGGUUCAUGAGGCAGCGUGUGAGCCCACCGCGCCCACUGCGGCACUGCCGGUGAAGGCUGGCUGCCCGCCUGACCCAUGCCGGAUGGGUGCACCCAACAGCACUACUAUUCUUUGGGUGCGUGCCGAGGCGGCUCAUGCGGCAGCGAGUGUGCGCGCCGCGCCCACUACGGCACUGCCGGCGCUGGCUGGCUGCCCGCCUGACCCAUGCCAGAUGGCUACACCCAACUGCACUAUUAUACUUUGGGCGCAUGCCGCGGCGGCUCAUGCGGCAGCGAGUGCGCGUAUCGCGCCUGCUGCGGCACUGCCGGUGCUGGCUGACUGUCCGCCUGUCCCAGGCCGGAUGGAUACACUCUACUGCACUACCAUACUCGUACCUUGGGUGCGUGCCGCGGUGGCUCAUGCGGCAGCGUGUGCGCCCGCCGCGCCCGCUGCGGCACUGCCGAUAAGUCACGACCGUAGGAAUUCAAUGAGGGUCUGUUACAUCAUCAUAAAGCCCGAGGUUUGUUUACAUGUGUCGCAACAGUGCGCCGGCGCGGCCUUGACACCGCCGCGUGCCGCCCCUACUGACGGUUAA